UGCAAUAUCAUGGCGGAGUCACUGCUUCUCCCUAUAGUGCGCGGUGUGGCUGGCAAGGCCACAGACGCACUCGUCGAGACGGUGACCCGCAUGUGUGGCCUCGACGACGACCGCCAAACACUCGAGCGGCAUCUACUAGCCGUCGAGUGCAAGCUGGCAAAUGCUGAGGAGAUGAGCGAGAAAAAUUCCUAUGUCAAGAGAUGGAUGAAGGAGCUCAAGUCCGUCGCCUACGAGGCCGACGACGUGCUCGACGACUUCCAAUACGAGGCGCUGCGUCGCGAGUCUAAGAUUGGCAAGUCCACUACCAGAAAGGCAUUCAGCUACAUCACGCGCCACAGCCCGCUGCUCUUCCGCUUUGAAAUGAGCAGGAAACUCAAGAACGUCCUCAAGAAGAUCAAUAAGUUGGUUAUGGAGAUGAACAUGUUUGGCCUGGAGAGUUCUGUCCGUAGGGAGGAGCGCCAACAUCUUUGGCGGCAGACACACUCGAAACUGGACGAGACUACCCAGAUCUUUGGAAGAUAUGAUGAUAAGGAGAAGUUGGUGAAGUUGUUGCUGGACCAGCAGGAUCAGCGGAGGGUGCAGGUGCUGCCCAUCAUUGGGAUGGGAGGUCUUGGCAAGACGACUCUUGCUAAGAUGGUCUAUAAUGACAAAGGGGUCCAGCAACAUUUCCAGUUGAAGAUGUGGCACUGCGUGUCCGACAACUUUGAUUCCAUUGCUCUUUUAAAAUCCAUCAUUGAGUUGGCUGUAAGUGGAAGAUGUGACAUGCCUGACACGAUUGAGCUGUUGCAAAAGAAACUUGAGCAAGUCAUUGGCAAAAAACGGUUUAUGCUCGUGCUUGAUGAUGUGUGGAAUGAAGAUGAGAGGAAGUGGGAGGAUGUCCUGAAGCCUCUUUUGUGUUCUGUUGGUGGAGCAGGAAGUGUAAUAGUCGUGACAACUCGAAGCCAGAAAGUGGCCUCCAUAAUGCAGACCCUUGGACCCCAUAAGCUAGGGUGUCUGAGUGAACAAGAUUCAUGGAAAUUGUUUGCAGAGAAAGCAUAUAGCAAUGGUGUAGGGCAGGAGCAAGCAGAGUUGGUCAGCAUUGGCAGACGUAUUGUCAACAAAUGCAGAGGGCUGCCUCUUGCUCUGAAGGCAAUGGGUGGAUUGCUAAGUUCAUAUCAACAAGUACAAGAAUGGAAGGACAUCGAAGAAAAUAAUAUUAGGUGUAAUGUUGGAGGGAAAGAUGAGAUCAUGUCCAUCCUAAAGUUGAGCUACAUACACCUAUCAUCUGAAAUGAAGCAAUGUUUUGCAUUCUUAGCAGUUUUCCCCAAGGACUAUGUGAUGGACAAAGACAAGCUGAUCCAACUAUGGAUGGCAAAUGGUUUUAUUCAAGAGAAGGGAACGAUGGAUUUGAUACUCAGAGGAGAAUUCAUUUUUGAUGAGUUGGUUUGGAGGUCCUUCCUCCAAGAUAAGCAAGAGUUCAGACACAAUUAUGGUACACAAACUUAUGUGACUAUUAACUGUAAGAUGCAUGAUUUAAUGCAUGAUCUAGCAAAAGAUGUCACGGAUGAAUGUGCAAGUGUGAAAGAACUGACUCAGAAGAAAUCAUUGUUAAAAGAUGUCUGUCACAUGCAAAUUUCAGAGGGUGAAUUAGAACAAAUCAAUGGGUUAUGCAAAGGCAGAACAAACAUUCGCACUUUGUUAGAUCCUUCAGCAUCACACAAGCAUUUUAAAGAGUUGCUACAGGUAUCGGCAUCACUUAGAGCAUUGCGUUGCAGCUCUUGUUCAGUUGUCAAUUGCAAGGCCAUAAAUGCAAAUCAUCUACGAUACCUUGAGCUCUCCGAUUAUAACAUCACUAAGUUGCCAGAUUCAAUAUGUGUGUUGUAUAACUUGCAAACACUGAGGCUAAUAGGCUGUUACAAGUUGAACCAGUUACCAGAAGACAUGGCAAGACUGAGAAAGCUCAUCUAUCUUUACCUUUCUGGUUGUACGAAUCUCAAAAGUAUGUCUCCAAACUUUGGACUGCUGAAUAACCUUCACGUAUUAACAACAUUUGUUGUUGGUACCGGAGAUGGCCUUGGAAUAGAGCAGCUCAAAGACUUGCAAAACCUUAGCAAUAGGUUGGAACUAUUCAAUUUGAACAAGAUAAAGAGUGGGGGGAAUGCAAAAGAAGCCAAUCUCAGUCAGAAGCAAAAUCUAAGUGAGUUGUUGUUCUCUUGGGGCCAAGAAAUAGAUGAUGAGCCUAGAGAUGUGGAAGAAGUGCUUCAGUGCUUAGAACCUCAUAGUAAUAUCCAAAAACUGGAGAUACGUGGAUAUCAUGGCCUAGAAAUAUCACAAUGGAUGAGAAAGCCUCAGAUGUUUGAGUGCUUGAGAGAACUCAGAAUGUCUGAUAGCCCGAAAUGCAAGAGUAUCCCUGUAAUAUGGCUCUCGACAUCUCUAGAGAUUUUGGUCUUACAGAGGAUGGAUAACCUGACAACAUUAUGUAGUAACCUUGGUGUGGAAGCUGGAGGAAGCAUUACCUCUCUGCAACUUUUCCCAAAUUUGAAGAAGUUGUGUUUGAUUCAGUUACCAAGCCUGGAGAUAUGAGCAGAAAAUAGUGUAGGAGAACCUCAGAUGUUUAACAGUUUGGAAGAACUCGAAAUUUCCGACUGCCCAAGAUGCAAGAGUAUACCUGCAGUAUGGUUUUCGGUCUCUCUUGAGUUUUUGUCCUUACGAAACAUGGAUAACCUGACCACAUUAUGUAAUAACCUUGAUGCGGAAGCCAUAGGAUGCAUUACCCCUAUGCAGAUUUUCCCAAGGUUGAAGAGGAUGGAGUUGGUUCGGUUACCAAGUCUGGAGAUGUGGGCAGAAAAUAGUAUGGGAGAGCCUAGUUGUGAUAACCUGGUAACAUUUCCGAUGCUUGAAGAGCUAGAGAUCAAAAAUUGCCCCAAGCUUGCACGUAUUCCAGCGAUCCCCGUUGUCAGCAAGUUGAGCAUAGUUGGAGCUCACAGUACUGCACAUGGUUCAGUUUUUAUGAGCAUCCGUUUGGGCUCCUGGCCAUUUCUCGUCAGCUUAACUCUUGGGUCUCCAGAAGACACACCCAUGUUGCCUCUAGACGCCCAGCAAAGCCAAAGUCAAAGACCUCUUGAAAAGCUUGUGAGUUUGACUCUGGAUGGGCCCAACAGCUUGAUCAGAAGCUUCGGAUUGUCCGAAUCACAACUUAUGGUUUGGAAAUGUUUUUGGUUCGUGACAGAUCUGACGAUUGAUGGUUGUAGCAAUCUUGUCCGCUGGCCAACAGAGGAGCUCCGGUGCAUGGAUCGCCUCCGCAUUCUGCGUAUCACAUAUUGUGACUACGUGGAGGGGAACACUUCAUCGUCUGAGGAGGAAACCCUUCCGCUGUCCCUGGAGCACUUGAGGAUUGUGAACUGCCGCAGUGUGGUAGCACUGCCUUCGAACCUUGGCAAAGUUGCCAAGCUGAGGCAUCUUUAUGUGAGCGGCUGCAGGAGCCUGAAAGUGCUGCCUGAUGGCAUGUGUGGCCUCACUUCUCUGAGGGAAUUGAUGAUUCAUGGUUGUCCAGGUAUGGAGGAAUUCCCGCAUGGUCUCCUGGAGCGGUUGCCAGCCCUCGAUGUCUUAAGCAUAUGUGGGUGCCCGGAGUUGGGAAGACGAUGCAGAGAAGGUGGGGAGUAUUUCCACUUGCUUUCCUCUGUUCCACGUGGAUACAUUUAUGAAGAUCCAGAAUACUGCAACAUGUGGGAAGAGAGGAAGGUUCCGCUGCUCGCCCCGCGGCCGCCGUCCUCCUUUUCGCCAGAGCGCACGCUUGAACGGCGGUGGCGUGGGGAGGGGAGGGGGACAGAUUUGGUUGCGCUCAAGGAGAGCAGAGGAAGGCCUGAUGGAAGCUUGGGAUGA